GGGAAAAAUCCCGUUGCGAAAUCAAGCACGUAUGUUGUCAUUUUCGCAACGACCCGUUGUUAUAUUUUUCAACAACGGCUGUUGGUGAAUUGUGCACGAACGUGCUCAAAUUGACACCGAGACGUGGUCAACUUUCGGUACCAACAACAGCCGUGCUUAAUUUGUCCACCGAUGUGCUCAAAAUGACAACUUUGCGUUUUUAAUAUUGGUAAUUGCAGCCGAUUACACACGAGUAAAAAAUGACAACGGUGGUGCAUGAUUCACACACUGUCGUUGUCAAUAUGACACCGGUCGUGUAUGAAUUAUGCACCACCACCUGCAUAAUGAUGCACCACCGUUGUUACUUUGUACACCGACGUGCAUGAAUCGUACACGAUCGUUGCCAUUUUAGGAACUACCGUGUAUGAAUCAUGCACCACCGUUGUCAUUUUUUUUACUCGUGUGCAAUCGGCUGCAUAUUUACCAUUUUUUCCGUGUUAUUGAAAGAGAAAGGACGCAUUGUGCAAAAAAUUUAUUGAAAAUGAAUAAUAAUUCGCAAGAUCCUCAAAAUAUCAUUGGUGAGUUGUUAGAAAUCGAUGGCAAUAUUGUUGUGGUUCGCGAUACAAACCAUUGCAGCAGUCAAGAUGCGGAAAACAAUGAGGACGAUUAUAUGUUAAGGGAGUUCUUAAAAGGAAUAAAUAUGGAGUCGCUUUUUGAACAAUUAAAAGCAUCACAUGUAACAUUUCGCAGUUUGCAGUACUUGAAAAAAGAAGAUUUAAAGGAAGCAGUGCCACCAUUGGGACUGCGAGUUGAAUUCAGAGAAAAGCUCUUUGCUUGGAAAAAACGAAAGCUCGGGAUUGAUGACGAAACUAUGUCAGUUCCAUCUAAAAUAGGUGAAUGGUGGAAACGCAACGAGACACCUGCAAGUACUCCUGGUACUCCCGACACUACAGGUUCGAACUGCUCAAAAGCCAAAGGAAUUUUGUCAGAGGAUCUAACGGAAUUGUUAACACAUACCUCGAAGGGGAAACUGGCGCUUGAAUGUAGUAGCGUUAAUAAGAAAUUAAGUGACGAGCAAAGAGAUGAUAUAAUUAAUAUAAUUAUUGAAGAUAUUUUAACCAACAAUGUUACUCUUUACACUCAAGACUAUAUGCGCAUAUUGGAUGAAAUUUGUUCCGUUUUUCCUCUUGAAAACGAAAUGAGGGAUUAUUAUUACAUUUCAAGAAAAGGAAAGAACAACGCAAGCGGAAAACUUUAUGCCAAGUAUAGAAACAAGAAGUCCAAAAGAAUAAAGCUUUUGAUUUCCGAGCCUAGCACAAGCAAAGCAGCAACUCACACAUCUCCUAAUUUUUGUAACAAAGAUGUUCCAGAAAUUGAUGAAUCAGUUGAAAAUUCAUUGAAAGCUUCCUUACUAAGAGAAUGUAAUGAUUGGGGAUCGAUCUGCGAAAAAUGGAAAAGAUCUUUUAACAUACGGCAAAGAGAUAUAAAAAAUUUAAGUAGCCAUACAUUUCUCCUAGAAUGGCCGAAGUUGUCCGAUGCAAGAGCUUCAGAAUUGGUCAACAUUGAUUUCGAUAUUAUGUAUCCACAGAAAGGCAAUCUUCUACUUUCUAAAUGGGACCAAUUUAAGAAAAAAAUUUACAAUUAUUAUGGGAAAAAUAUUCAUAACGAACAUUGCAAACAACUCUUCGCAAAUGUUUUGACGGCAAGCAGCAUAGAUGCUCAAGAUUAUAUAUACGCAAUACUGUUGAAUUCAGUUUUACCAUCACCUGCUAGGUUUAAAUGUGGAAACGGUAAAUUACGAAAAAAAGUAACAAUAGUCGAUUCGCAGGAAAGUUUCGUACUGCGACUACCGACAAUUAACGAUUAUAAAAGGCAAAUUGAUACUGUCACUGAAAAGUAUUACAAUGCUGGAUUAACUAUACAGCCAUUUAUAAUUGUGGAGGGUUUGUCCGAUUUCAAUAUAAAAGGUUUUUAUGUUUUUUUUAACCACAAUUUGUUAAAAUUUCAAUCGUUCCUCGAAUGUUUAGAUACAUGUUUUAAAAUUUUUCAUGCACUUUCUUUAAAAUAUCCAAAUGCCUGCCAAAUUCCAUGGAUUUUUAUCCAAAAAUAUUUUUAUGAAAUUAAUACUGUAUAUGAUAUAAAAUCAGUUAAUUUGACUUCACUUAUUAAUUUCUGCAACAAUAUUUAAAGUUCGAUUCAAAAUGUAUAUUUGCUUUCGUUGCCGUAAGCAUUUUGAUAAGGCAAAUCUUUUAAUAGCUCAUUU